AUAGAGAGGAAUAAGAUACGUGCGAACACAUUGUUGUCGCUUCUAAGCUACGAGCGUUACACAUACUACUUGAUCGAAGUACGUUGGAAGAGCUGUCUCUCUUAUUUCUGUCAUUGAAAGCACCAGUUCCUGGAGCUGUGUUUCUCUAUUUGAAUCUGAUUCUCCAGGCAUCUUCACGUAAGGUAUCCUGGCAAUGCACCCUCUAAAUAUGCUGAUCUAAAAUUGUAACAAUGGAGGGGACCGUUUUCACCCCUUGUUUGGAAGGAAUGAAAAACGUGAAGUCUGAAGAUGGGGAAAUGCUGACCAAGCCUUUCUUGGAAGUUUGCAAGCUCAUAUUGCCAGUUUUGGAUAAAUUUGGAGCUGCUAUGUCACUCGUAAAAACUGAUAUUGGUGGUAAUAUUUCGAGGUUGGAGGCUAAAUAUUUGUCCAAUCCUACGGAGUUCAAUCACUUGUACAGUAUGGUACGAGUCGAGGUGCAAACUAAAACGGCAAAAAGGUCAUCCAGCUGUACCAAUGGUCUUCUAUGGUUGACAAGGGCAAUGGAUUUCUUGGUUCAACUGUUUCACAACUUGUCUAAGCAUCCUGAGUGGACCAUGUCUCAAGUUUGCACUGAUUCUUACAGCAAGACCCUGAAGAAAUGGCACGGCUGGCUUGCCAGUUCAAGUUUCAGUGUUGCCAUGAAACUAGCCCCAGAUAGGAAGAAGUUCAUGGAGGUGAUUGGGGGUAAAGGUGAUAUCAAUGCCGACAUUGAGAAAUUCUAUUCAACUUUCACUCCAAUUCUUGAAGAGAAUCACAAGUUCUUGGAUAGUGUUGGCAUGGACAGCAUGAAAGCUUCCUAAUUACCAAGAGAAGUCUGAUGAUAGCCGGAUCUAGCUUUUGCAUUUUCACUUCACGUUGCAAUCCUGAGAACAGUUCUGUAAACCUUAAGAACAAAAUUAAGUAUUGCCAACCUCAAUACUUAAGUAUUUUAUUUACCCCUAUUUAAUUGAAGUUUAUUCAAUUUUUAUAGGAUUAAUUUAAAUCUAUUUUCAAA